AUGGAUUCUCUGCAAAUCAAAUUUGUCCUCAAUGAGGUUCAGGCCCGCCUCGAGCGCUGCCGAGCCUUACCCAAUUUCGACCAGCAUUCCAGAGGGAUGUGCAAGGAGGUGGCGAUCCUCCUCCUCCAGGGCGAGGCUGGCUACGAACGCCUCAACAUAGCGGCCAAUCACAACCACCAAGGACCCCAAUCCGACGCCCAUCUGGCCGCAGAGGCGGUAUCACAUGCUUCUCAGCGUUGGAAUGCCGAGAUGGAACGUUUGGGAAAAGUCGGCUUCGAUUUGAACCCGCAGGAGAUCGCGCGGUUCAUUCAAGAUGUCAUGACCGGCUACGAGGUCUAUUUCGUCGACCACCAAGAGAAGGUGGCAAAAUACGGAGAUGUCUACGGAGACAUCGACGCCAUUCUUGACGCUAACCCAGAUGUGGAGGCGAUGGGAGAGCCUGGUGAGAUCGCACCCAUCCCCGCCUCCAACGGACGCAUCGGAUGCGCUUUGUGUGGAACGUCCCUGAACGGCAUGGCCGUCCUGGAAUCACACAACGAGGCCAUCCACCUGAACCGCAACAUGUCGGCUUGCACCGAGUGCACCUGGACCCGAGGUCAAGGCCGCCCCAACGACAUAAUCGACCACCUCCAGUCGGAGCACGAUAUCUACAGUGCUAGCCACCCCGACUACUUUUCCACCAACAUCAACCACAUCGGCCGCAAGAACAAGACGCUGCUUCGGACGCUGUUGCGCGAGGAUCGUCACAUCCUCGCAUCUCUGAGAGGCAAUGCGCCUCCAGUCCAUGCUAUACCGCCGGACUGGUCAAAGACUAAGCUGGCAAGAGAUAUUAGUAGCACCAGACGCCAGAUCAAGCAUCAAGCGGGCUGGCGGGCGAUAGUCGACGGCCAAAGGGUCGACCGUAUUGCGCAGUAG